GAGUAGGAGGAGCGUUGGUUUCUGGAAGCUCCGCGGAGCAGAGCGUCCGAGCAGCGCUCAGGCGACGCCGGGAGGACUGCGAGGUGAACCGACGGUCUGAGAAGUGCAGCUGGAGCAGCGGAGACGGGGUGUGACGCUGUAAAGAGGAGUUCACCCGGAGGAGUGGACUGUCCGCGUAUCCCGGGAAGCUGUAACGCAAAGAGCCGUGGAUGUGGGGACCAGCGUAGCCCACCUGGAUCCGCGCUGUAACCCGACUCUGAUGGACUGAGCGGCGCUGUCCGCCGACUCCGCUCCCGCUUCUCAUCCUCUCUGAGCUCCACAUGCAGAGCCGAGGGAAAGUGUCAGGGAGCGGACACAGCAGCAGGAGAAGAAGAGUUUCUCAUGUUUGACAGCUUUGCUUUCUGAGACACCGGGAGGCUCAACUAAAGGCGGGGCGGAACCGGGGGUGGGGGGGCUCUCAGACUGGACUGCUGAGCUCUCCUCGUCCCGACACCCCAACUGCACCACAGCCUUAUUUUUUGGGGGGUGGGGGGGUCGACGACGGAGGCAACAACUGGGAACAAGAAAGCUAUUUUGUAACUCUUCCCAGGCAGCCGGUGUGCUGUCGUUUGUUAUUGUGAAGCGGUCAGCCGCCCCUGGCCUCCGGUGACCACAUCCAGGAGCGUUACCAGUUUGGGGGUACGUCUGUAUUUCGUGGAGGUGUGGGUGAUAAUUCAUCCCCGGCCGGGCUCGGACUAUGGCGGACGACGACAUUCUGUUUGAAGAUGUGUACGAGCUCUGCGAGGUCAUCGGAAAGGGUCCCUUCAGCGUGGUGAGGAGAUGCAUCAACAGGGACACGGGCCAGCAGUUUGCUGUCAAAAUCGUGGAUGUGGCCCAGUUCACGUCCAGCCCUGGUCUCAGCACAGAAGAUCUAAAGAGAGAGGCCAGCAUCUGCCACAUGCUGAAGCACCCCCACAUCGUGGAGCUGCUGGAGACCUACAGCUCCGACGGCAUGCUCUACAUGGUGUUUGAAUUCAUGGACGGGGCAGACCUGUGCUUUGAGAUCGUGAAGAGGGCGGAUGCUGGCUUCGUCUACAGCGAGGCAGUGGCCAGCCAUUACAUGAGGCAGAUCCUCGAGGCGCUGCGUUAUUGCCACGACAACAACAUCAUCCACAGAGACGUUAAGCCUCACUGCGUGCUGCUGGCGUCCAAAGAGAACUCGGCUCCCGUCAAACUGGGUGGGUUCGGCGUGGCCAUCCAGCUCGGAGAGUCCGGAUUGGUGGCAGGAGGGCGUGUCGGGACGCCCCACUUCAUGGCGCCGGAGGUGGUGAAGAGGGAGCCGUACGGGAAGCCAGUGGACGUGUGGGGCUGCGGGGUCAUCCUCUUCAUCCUGCUGUCGGGCUGCCUGCCCUUCUACGGCACCAAGGAGCGUCUGUUCGAAGCCAUCUGCAAGGGCAAAUACAAGAUGAAUCCCCGUCAGUGGAACCACAUCUCAGAGAGCGCCAAGGAUCUGGUGAGGCGCAUGCUAAUGUUGGACCCAGCGGAGAGGAUCACCGUGUACGAGGCUCUGAACCAUCCCUGGCUCAAGGAGAGGGACCGGUACGCUUACAAAAUCCAUCUGCCAGAGACCGUGGAGCAGCUGAGGAAGUUCAACGCCAGGCGGAAGCUCAAGGGAGCCGUGUUGGCCGCCGUGUCCAGUCACAAGUUCAGCUCCUUCUACGGCGAUCCACCGGAGGAACUCAACGACUUCUCCGAAGACCCCACCUCCUCAGGCGCUGUGUCUCAAGUGCUGGACAGUUUGGAGGAGAUCCACGCUCUGACAGACUGCAGCGAGAAAGACCUCGACUUCCUCCACAGCGUUUUCCAGGACCAGCAUCUACACACACUGCUCGACCUCUACGAUAAGAUCAACACCAAGUCGACGCCACAGAUCCGAAACCCCCCCAGUGAUGCGGUGCAAAGAGCCAAAGAGGUCCUGGAAGAGAUCUCCUGCUACCCGGAGAAGUACGAAGCUAAAGAGCUCAGACGGAUACUGACGCAGCCGCACUUCAUGGCGCUGCUGCAGGCCCACGACGUGGUCGCCCACGAGGUUUACAGUGACGAGGCUCUGCGGGUCACUCCUCCGCCCACCUCGCCCUAUUUGAACGGAGACUCCCCGGAGAGUGCGAACGGAGACAUGGACCUGGAGAACGUCACCAGAGUCCGCCUGGUCCAGUUCCAGAAGAACACAGACGAGCCCAUGGGCAUCACACUGAAGAUGAACGACUUGAACCACUGCAUCGUGGCCAGGAUAAUGCACGGAGGAAUGAUCCACAGACAAGGAACGUUGCACGUUGGGGAUGAGAUCAGGGAAAUCAAUGGCAUCAGCGUGGCCAACCAGACCGUGGAGCAGCUGCAGAAGAUGCUGAGGGAAAUGCGAGGCAGCAUCACCUUUAAAAUCGUGCCCAGUUACCGGACGCAGGGCUCCUCGUGCGAGAAAGAGUCCCCCAGCACCUCCAGGCAGUCUCCUGCCAAUGGCCACUCCAGCAUUAACAGUUCUAUCUUGGACCUGCCGUCCACCAUGCAGCCCAAAGGUCGACAGAUGGGAUCCAGACCUCCCACAAAGGACAAAAUGUCCAUUAAGAUCUACGUGAGGGCCCAGUUCGAGUACGACCCCUCCAAAGACGAGCUCAUCCCCUGCAAGGAGGCCGGCAUCCGCUUCCGCGUGGGCGACAUCAUCCAGAUCAUCUCCAAGGACGACCACAACUGGUGGCAGGGCAAGCUGGAGAACACCAAGAACGGCACGGCGGGCCUCAUCCCGUCCCCCGAGCUGCAGGAGUGGCGGGUGGCAUGCAUCGCCAUGGAGAAGACCAAGCAGGAGCAGCAGGCCAGCUGCACCUGGUUCGGCAAGAAGAAGAAGCAGUACAAAGACAAGUAUCUGGCAAAGCACAACGCAGUGUUUGAUCAACUAGACCUGGUCACGUAUGAGGAGGUGGUGAAGCUCCCAGCCUUCAAGAGGAAAACACUAGUUUUGUUGGGCGCUCACGGAGUGGGCAGGAGACACAUCAAGAACACGCUCAUAACCAAACACCCCGACAGAUUUGCCUACCCCAUCCCACACACAACCAGACCUCCAAAGAAGGACGAGGAGAACGGGAAGAACUACUACUUCGCCUCUCACGACCAGAUGAUGCAGGACAUCAGCAACAACGAGUACCUGGAGUACGGCAGCCACGAGGACGCCAUGUACGGGACGCGGCUCGAGACCAUCCGCAAGAUCCACCAGCAGGGACUCGUGGCUAUAUUAGAUGUGGAACCUCAGGCGCUGAAGGUCCUGCGGACGGCAGAGUUUGCCCCGUACGUCGUCUUCAUAGCAGCUCCAACCAUCACACCGGGCAUUAAUGAGGACGAGUCGCUCCAGCGGCUGCAGAAAGAGUCGGAGAUCCUGCAGAAGACCUACGCCCACUACUUCGACAUGACCAUCAUCAACAAUGAGAUUGACGAGACCAUCCGGCACCUGGAGGAGUCCAUGGACCUGGUGUGCACUUCCAGCCAAUGGGUUCCGGUGUCCUGGGUCUACUGACCCGCAUCGCCUGCCCCUCCGGUCGCUCCCGCCGCAUCCGAUCUUCAGCAAACAGAAUCUAGGAGUUACAAACAAACAAAAAAGAAAAUAGAAAAGGGUCGAGCUCCUUCUUGCUACUGUUGACCUGAGACUCCCUUCAGCGUACUGUGAAAGCAUCAACGGCACUCACCUGAAUCGAUCACGGUCUUGUAUAAAAUCAGAGAAAACCAAUACGUGGAUAUUGUCAUGUCUGUACUAGCUAGGAGGCUAGGUCUUUGUAGAUGUUUUGUUUUAAAGAGACAGUACUGUGUUCCUGUUCCUCCCAUGUCGGUGCGUUGCUUGCUCUCCGGACCUCCCGUCUCGCUGUGGUCCUGUUGUGAACCACCUCUAGUGAGACACUGGCAGUGGCUACCUUAUCAAGAGACCGAAGUUAAACGCACACAAAGCUUUUAACUACGUCUUCUACGUCUACGUCUUCUCAUCAGCAGCUCAGCAUCACUCGUCCAGUUUUGGUCCGAGCCGUUUCCCUUUCGACGGCCUUUAACCUUGGCGCCCGGCGAGGUUCCACACCCACCCAUCCAUCCAUCCGCCUGCCUGGUACUGUCUCUUCUAAAUGAAUCCACAAGUGAUUCAGACAUGAGGUUGUCAUGCAUGUGAACAUUUUUGAGCUUCCAUGCUGUCAGUCAGUGUUCCUCGUGUCCCUCCAUGACCCUCCAUCAAACAAAAGGUGACUUAAAAAAAUUAAAAUUCCCCCAACGUUCUUGCUGUUGGACAGACUGAAAUCCACAUGAAGAUGGAGCGAGACAGAAAAAAAA